CCUGUCCAUUUUCUCCCUCUGUUUGACCCAAGGCGGGCAUAGCGAGCUGGGGGUUGGAAGGAGGCGGCGUUGACGCAGCGUAGCCGCUCACCGCCGUUACACGACUUGCUGUCGGCUCGUCCACUGUCACGACGUUUCUUCCGAACUGGACGUUGUGCUAACCCUUCCAGGCUGGGGCUUUCAAACAUGCUCAAAAACGGACACCACCAGCAUCACCACCAUCACCAUCACCACCGGCUUCCCCCGCACCAAGUUAAUAAGGACGGCUCGACAUCUGGACCCUCGGUGGGGAGCCCCGACAAGAGGAGGCGAAGGGUCCGCGUGUGGUGCGAUGGAUGCUAUGAUAUGGUCCACUAUGGCCAUUCCAACCAGCUGCGGCAGGCCAAGGCCAUGGGAGAUUACCUCAUCGUUGGCGUGCACACAGAUAGCGAAAUUUCGAAGCACAAGGGCCCGCCGGUUUUCACUCAGGAAGAGCGCUACAAGAUGGUGCGGGCCAUCAAAUGGGUGGACGAGGUGGUUGAGGGCGCCCCCUACAUCACCGCCCUGGAGACCCUCGACAAGUACAACUGCGACUUCUGCGUGCACGGCGACGACUUGACGCUGACAGUCGACGGCAAGGACACGUACGGGGAGGUCAAGGAGUCGGGACGCUACAGGGAAUGCAAGAGAACCCAGGGAGUUUCAACUACCGACCUGGUUGGCAGGAUGCUCCUCAUGACCAAAGCACAUCACAGCAACAUUGAUGCUUCUGACUACCAGCAGCACGCGGACAACUUCGGGAAGGACUCCAAUGGUCAGAAGAGCCACAGUCCCUGGACGGGGGUGUCGCAGUUCCUUCAGACGUCCCAGAAGAUCAUCCAGUUCGCUUCGGGCCAAGAGCCGCAGCCCGACGACACCAUUAUCUACGUGGCCGGGGCCUUUGACCUCUUCCACAUUGGCCACGUGGACUUCCUGCGGGCGGUGCACAAGAUGGCGGACAAGCCGUACAUCAUUGUGGGGCUGCACUUUGACCAAGAAGUGAACCGCUACAAAGGGAAGAACUACCCCAUCAUGAACGUCCACGAGAGGACGUUAUGCGUGCUGGCUUGCCGGUACGUCGCCGAGGUGGUGAUCGGCGCACCGUUUGCAGUCACCAAAGAUUUGCUGGAUCAUUUGAAGGUCGACCUCGUAUGCCACGGCAAGACACAAAUCUACCCCAGCAAGGACGGAUCCGACCCAUAUGCUGUGCCAAGAAAGCAAGGAAUCCUGCGCAGCGUCGACAGCGAGAACAGCCUCACCACAGACGCCAUUGUACAGCGGAUAACCAAAAACAGGUUGCUUUUUCAAGACAGAAACCAGAAGAAAGAGGCGACGGAGAUUGCCAUGAUUCAGGCCAUGCAGCAGCACCAAGUAGCAGACCAGUGACACUUCCUGAGGCCAAAGUCACAAAUGCUAGCACAACAUGGUGGCCAUAUUGUCAAGCAGGUUGCCCGGUUUAACUUUGUCUUGUCUUGUGGCACAUUUUUGGACAAGCAAAAAAAAGUCUUAUAUUUUCUAUCCUGAAAAUAAUUGCUUUUAUUUGGACUAGCAAGUUGACAAGUUUUUACGUGGAUCCAGCGGCCCUUGUACCCGUGUGGGAUCCCAUGGAAGGUUUCAACUAGGGCUGUCACUUUUUAGAAUCGAUUAGUCUAUCGAUUAUUCCAUUGAAUAAUCGGAAACAAUUUUUACUUUCUCAGUGACUGUUUUUCAACUGAUGUUUUUUUUGGUAUUGUUUAGUGAUUAAAACAACAACUAACCAACAUUUAAGAAAUCUCACACAAGAGGGCUUGAUGUUGACCUUUUUGAAACGGAUUCAGCUUCUGCUACGCUCAUUGUUUUCCAAUUCAAAAUCAGAUGUUUGUAAAUCAGUGGCGGAGCUACGGGGUGGCUCUCGAUGUACCACUCGGUGCUUAAUCUGUGUAUAAAUGUACAGUAAGCAGUCGCAACAUUGACAUUGUAACAAAAAUGAUGUUCAUUGGACUUCAAUGACAGUCAUUAACAUUUUUAAUAUUUGAAAAUUAUAUUUAAAAGCAACUAUAGAAUAUAGUAGUUGUAUAAUUUAUGCAACUAUUUGAACACACACGUAAUUCUUAAAAGCUCAGUACUCAGCAAAUCGUUAAAUUGAGCGUUCAUAAUGUUGUGGCCGGCUGGUGCAUGUACAUAUAUAUAUAGAGUAUAUAUUUAAAAAUAGGUUCAUAUGUAUUUAGUGAUGAUAAUAAAAACAAAAAACCCGCCUGUAUGUCGAUUUGGGAUGUAUAGUUCAUACAAAUACUGUGCAAACUGGAAUGCAGUAUAUAAUGUACUGUUGACAAUAAUAAUAUGAUUUCAUCUCUAAA